GACGCCCCCUCCUCCCCGCGGGAGCGCGGCCGGCCUCGCUCCGGAAAUGCCAUUCUCAUGAGUGUGCAAGGAACCUACAGAACUGUAAUGUCUAACCCUACAUGGAAUAACAACUCUUUGAAGUUUCUAGGUGGCAGAGACACAGUGAAGCUCUGUCUGGGGCAAGGAAAACUGAUGGGGGAGCCUUGCGUGUAACCCAGGAUGGACUGGCUGUGACGGCGUGCCUUAGCUGGAGAGGUAGUUACGAUGAAGAGUUCCUGCAGAGCUGGCCUCCACAGGGAACCACUGAAUUCCACAUCCUCCACCUUCCAUCAAGUCAAACGGGUUUCUGGUAUGCACUUAAAGCCAUAUCUCAAGUUACAGAUAAAAGAGCGAUCUCCAGAAAUAAGCCAGGAUUCCCUGAGAGGCCCACGUAUGAGCCAUCAGAGAUCAGCGCAAGAAGAAAAAUACAACAACUGCACCAAACUGAGCGUUUUCCCAAAACCCUCCCUCGUGACUCCAUCUCAAAAGCUUCUGGGGAUUAUUUAUCCAAAUACUAUGUGCAAUAUGAACGGGAAAGGUCCAGCGGAUGGUCCAAGUGCAAGGGAAAAGAAGAACGCCCUGUCUGCAACGAUCCACCAGGGAGAAGAAGGGGAAGGGCCUCUGGAUGUCUGGGCUGUAGUGAAACCUGGCAAUACAAAGGAAAAGAUCGCGUUCUUUGCAGCCCAGCAAUGCAGCAGCAACAACCGGCUAGGCUCCAUGAAAAUUAAAAGCACGUGGGAUAUCGACGGAAGAACAGCUAAACGCAGGAAAAAAUCAGUAGAUCUUAAAAAAGCUAAAAUUCAACUGGAAAGAAUGAGGGAGGCGAAUGCCAGGUGCUCCCAGCCGGAGCCUUUUGCCUGUGGCAUCGAGCACUGUUCGGUGCAUUACGUGAACGACAACGGUGAGGGUGUGUUCCCGGGCCGGUCCCUCUCGGUGAUAGAGAUGGUAGCCUUUCUGGAGCAACGAGCAAGUGCUUUACUGGUAGACUGUGCUAAAACCUGCAUGCCUGCUUCUACUACGAGGCUGAGCGCUCAGCCUAAAGGUGUGCUUCCCAGCUCAGACCCUUUCUCCUCCGCUGGGGCGUGCGAGGUACAUGCGGAGCGGGGACCUUGCGGCAAUAGCGAGCAGCAGCAGAGCGAGCCCGUGCGCGUGCUGGACAUGGUGGCCAAGCUGGAGUCGGAGUGCCUGAGGCGCCAGAGCGAGCGGGAGGCCGGGAGCCUCUCGCGGAACAACAGCUUCCGCAGAAAUGUCGGGAGGGUGCUCCUGGCAAACGGCACCCAGCCCGAGGGAGGGGGGAAGGUCUCCUCGGGGGUCCUGGCUCAGGGGGAUGGCUUGGAGGAGGCAGGGGUAGCAGAGGCUGGAUACGGAGGACGGUGCGGUCCUCUGGGUGACACAGAGUUGUGGGAUGGUGCUGCCUCUGCUCGGCAGCCUUUUCCUUCUGGGCUGGAUACGCAGACGGGGAAUGUGAAUUCGGGACUUGCUCAUGCAGUGUUGGCAAUAACCGCUGGCAGGAGCGAUUCUGAAAUGCGACUUGAGCCUCCCAGACCUCUGCUGUCUGCGUGUCCAGCUGCUGCCAGGUUGCCACCGAGUUCCUUGCAGAGCAAGAACGCGACUGUUGAUUGUACAUCGAAAGAGCCUGUAAUUUUCCCAAAGCAGAGUCUGCAUCCUGCUAGGAAGGAGCCCUUAUGCAUCAGUAUAUCGGUCACCAAGACUGAGAAAGGAUGCAGGAAAGAGAAGCUCUCUGACUCCAGUUCUAGUGAAGAUCCGCUCCCAGGGAGGCUGUUUUUUCUCCAGGCUGACCAGCCUGCCGCUCACGAGCAACAGCCACUACGGGAAAGCACCCAAGAAAAGCCAGGAGAAGUAGCCCAAAAUGAGGAUGAGGAUGCUUUGGCAUCUGACAGAUCAUGCGUCAGAAACGGUGUCCCUACAGAGCCAUCUGCCCUUUCUGUUCCUCCGACAGAAGGGGCUUUGCAAGUACUUGAUGCUUCCUGCUUAAAAAGGCAGGUUUCGCAUGACUUUCUGGAGACCAGGUUUAAAAUUCAGCAGCUUUUGGAGCCUCAGCAGUAUAUGGCCUUCUUGCCUCACCACAUCAUAGUGAAGAUCUUUGGAUUGCUUCCUACUAGGAGUCUGGUUGCCCUAAAAUGCACUUGCUACUACUUCAAAUUCAUCAUUGAAUACUACAACAUCAGGCCAGCAGACUCCCGCUGGGUCCGCGAUCCCCGCUACAGAGAAGACCCUUGCAAGCAGUGCAAGAAGAAGUACGUGAAAGGAGACGUAUCGCUCUGCCGGUGGCAUCCCAAACCAUACUGUCAAGCUUUACCCUACGGGCCUGGGUACUGGAUGUGCUGUCACCGGUCUCAGAAGGGCAUCCCGGGCUGUAAGUUAGGUCUUCAUGACAAUCAUUGGGUUCCUGCCUGCCACAGCUUUAACCGUGCUAUUCAUAAGAAAACCAGAGGAGCAGGAGCCGAAGUGGAAGAGGAAUAUUAGUGCACAUACACUUUCCUGCGAGAUUGUUUGGGGUAGGAGGAGAUUCUCAUGCCUUGUGCUGUUUACAGUGUAUAUAAUUGUCGUGUUUCUUUUCACAGGGCUAUGAAACUGCACAUACUUAAACACAAGAGCCUUUACCUUUUAGAUUAAAGAUAGCUUUUAGUCCAUCUAUGUAAAUAGCACUAUAAAAACUAAUUGUACAUACAGAGUCUACAGCUGGCUGAACAACAUAAUCACUACAAUGCAGCUAUGAUAGUGUUGCGGCUAUAGUUGUGUGUGUUUUUAAGUGUCUUGUUUCAAAAUCUGUAUAUCCUGUAUAAUAUAUGAUGUUUCUGAGAAGAAACUCUAAAUAGGUAAAGGUCAACUUGUUUAAAGAAUCUUCAGACAACUUAACUGGACAACCUUAAAACUAGACUAGAACAGAUCCAUUAUAGUAGUGUGGCAGUGGAUAAAAAGAGAGGAAUAUUAUUGUAUAGUCAGAAUAUAAAAAGUUCUUGUCUACCUUACCCAUGUUGUCUGGUUUUUUUUUUUACUUAAAUAAAAUGUGCAUUCUAGAUCUGC